UUAUUGGCGACAAUCAAGGGAAUAAUAAUGGUAAUGGGAAUUGUGGGCUUAAUAAUUCUUCUAGUGGUAGUGAUGGAACUGGAAGUAGGAACAAUAGUACUAAUAAUUCACCAAAUAAUUCAUCAAAUACGAGUACAUCGAAUACAAGUUCACCGAAUACGAACUCGGGCGUUGCAUAUUGGGAAAAAUGUUUUGGAAUAUUUGAAGUAUUGAGCCUAGUCGUUAUCGGGAUGGGUAUACAAUCAAUUAUUUGA